ACACAGGAUCAAAACCGCCAUCUCGAAUUGGAGCGCUAUUUAAACGUAGAUUGCUCAGACUCUAGGGACUAGACUCACACUCUUGACUUCUACGCUUGUAUUAAUCAUACACGUAGGGUGACUGUUGUCCCUCGAAAGCCAUCACUUGCGAGGUUAAGUUCAAGGAACCAGUAAUGACGAAGUUAUUUUUGAGCGGGCUCCAUGAGGAAAGAGAUACUCCAAGAGUCCAUGGUUGGUGUGACAUCAGAGGUUGGAUCAACAUAAUAGUGGUUGCUACGCUCAUGUUUCUGAGCAUGGUUACACCUGGUUCGACAGUUAGCGGCUCAGAACAAGUCAGUGAUUUCAGCGUCGCGCCGGAUGAAGAGCUUGUCCAGUUGGUGCAGAGAAUGGGCACCGUCGAUCACAGUGUAUUCGAGAUCGCGGAGAAUCGAAUCACUCCUUUAGCAGUUAUUUACGUGAAUCGAAAGCGUGGAGUCGGGCACUUCACCACGGUGCAGGCUGCCAUUGAUCACGUGCCUGUGAACAAUGACCGUAGAGUCCACAUUAUCGUCGCGCCGGGUGUCUACAAAGAGAAGAUAGUAGUACCAUCGUCGAAACCAUAUGUUACAAUUCUAGGCGGAGGAUGGAACAACACAAUCCUGCAAUGGAAUGACACUGCUGACUGCGCUGACAAGGAAGGUGCGAAGCUUGGCACCUACUGGAGCGCCUCCUUAGCUGUUGAAGCUCAGUACUUUAUUGCCCGUAACAUCACAAUUAAGAAUACGGCUUCCAUGCCGGCUGCAGGAGCAGCAGGAAAGCAAGCAGUGGCGCUGCGUGUAACAGGGGACACAGCAGCUUUCUAUGGCUGUCGGUUCAUGAGCACCCAGGAUACUCUCUACGAUCAUGUGGGCCGCCAUUACUUCAAAGACUGCUACAUUGAGGGCUCCAUUGACUUCGUCUUCGGAAACGGUCGGUCUCUUUACGAGAGCUGCCAUCUCCAUGCCUUACCGCGAACAACUUUCGGAUCAGUGGCUGCACAAAAGCGAGGAAACGUGUCAGAGCAAACAGGCUUCUCGUUCCUGAAUUGCAAGAUCACAGGGUCAGGGCUCUUAUACUUGGGGCGCGCCUGGGGAUCCUACGCUCGCGUCGUGUACUCAUACACCUACAUGGACAACAUCAUCGUCCCUGCCGGAUGGUCCAACUGGAACGACCCGCGACGAAACAAAACAGUAAUAUUCGGGCAGUACAAGUGCUUCGGGCCAGGAGCCAAACAGACGGGCCGAGUCCCCUGGUCACAUGAGCUCACCGAUACCGAGGCCCGCCCAUUUCUAAGUCUGUCGUUUGUCGAUGGAGACGAAUGGGUGCAACCGUGAUACAUCAACACAUCCCCGAAUGGAAGCCUGCUGAUUCUACACAGACUUCCAGGAACGUCUCUUUCAGGUGAUCAGAAACGUGGGUGAGAUUCGACGUUCUGAGGUAUAGCCUCAUAGCGCCGAUGCUUCGGAGACUCACUAGAUCUUUGUAUCACUCUUAACCUAAUAGUGGCUCUUCGAUGUGUUUGUAGUUAUGGAAUCAUGAAUGUGAAGCUACGAAAAUAUUAAUGUCAUGUUGCACAACACUCCGGAUCUUGUGAGUUUUAGUCCA